AUGAGCGAACAAGGAGUCAAUGAAGCCAAGGAAUCCUCCUUACAUACUUUUAGGCAUGGAAAUAAGAAGGCAAGGAACAAGAGAAAGGAUAAAUCUGUCAACUCUAUCUUUAAAUCUGCCAGAAAGCAGUGUAAUAAUUCUCAGAUUAAUAUGACUUAUUUCCCUUCACUAAAGUUGGGAACACAAUCAAAUAAUGGUGGAAUUAGUCUUACCAAUACAAGCAAGGGUAUAGACCUUAAUAGAUAUGAGCCAAGGAGUCAUGCAAAUAGUCCUUCAAAUCUCUCCUUUACAAUCGGGGAAGACUUUGGUACAAUUCCCAUCCUCCAGAGAGGAAUUGUACAGCCAAAGAAGACUAAUAGGUACAAGAGUAAAAAAUAAAUCUGACUGCCGAGAUCCUCCUCUUCUGUCCCUCAUGCCUGAAGGAGUAGCUCCCAAGUUAGGGGAAUUAAACUACUAUUCACGACUAAAUAAAUAAAGAGCAUGAAUAUAAAGUACAGCUUUUGCAAAACCGCAUUCAAAAGCUAAAGUAAGGAAGAGGAAAAGGCAAAUAUGAAAAUGCUACAAACCUCAGAGCGAGCUGAGCAAUACAUCAAAACGAGGAAUAAGUACUAUGAAGAUCAGAAGCGACUUAUCAACCAUCGCCUCCAAGUUCAACAGGACACUGAAACUAAGAGAAAAGAUAUCAUUAAAAAUAACGAUAAAUAAGAAAAAGAGCAUGCAACAGCUAAAGAAAAUGAUGAUCGAGCAGUCAAAACAGAGGAAAAAUCAGCAGAGACAGGAAAUAAAUGAAGCUCUUCAGAACAAAGAGAAAGAAUUAGAAAAGGAGCAUUUAGACAGAAAGAUAGCCUCUGUAGCUAUGGUAAAAGAGAGCCAGAUAAGUUCUCUCAAGAAAAGAAUGAAGAAAAAUAACAAAUAUAGUCUCUCUUUACAAAAUAGUUACUACAAAAGGUACCUAGAUGAUGAAGAUCAGACUGAGAGGAAUAAGCAGAAGAUUAAGAAACUUGAGGCUGCUGAGAGUAAACUUCUUGAUAAGCUCCAAUCCACAAUGGAGAAGCAGAUGACUAUGCGCAAAACCUUAGAAAACUUAGUCAAGAGCGGUAAACCUCCAGAGAAUUCGCCUGAAUAAGUUCAAUAAUUUCGUAAUUUUUUGGGG